CCCUCUCUUUCACUUCCCCCAUUUUUCCUUUCCCCAAAUUCAUAUCUCAAAUUCCCCAUUUUUCAUCCUUUUUUUUUCUUUUCUUUAAUUCCCAUCCCAUCAUCAACGGCAAUUCCACGCCACCCAUGUCGGCUCCAUCCACGCGCCGUCUCCGAGAUCGCAGCGGCGGAUCCGCCGCCACCAUCAACCCCUCCAAACCCCUAACUCCGGUUUCUACUUCGAAUCGAAAGGAUUCAUCCUCCAGAUUUUCGUCAGCUGGGAAAGAGAACCCCAGGUCCACGUCUAAGGUCCCGAUCAUGACCCAAAAGCCCUCGAUCCGUGCCGUGCCGCGAGUCAACAAGGCUGCGGCGAUUGCUGUUACCGAUUCUGAAAGUCGAGCUCGGUGGUCCUCGUCUUCGGUUCCGAGAGGUAGGAGUUCCAGUCCUUCUGACUUUAUUAGGGCUUCUGUUGAUUCUCGUAGGGAGCGGAGGGUUUCGGUUGAUCGAGGGAGAGGUUCCGUAGGGGAGAAUGAUCAAACUUUGGGUAGUGGAAGAAGUUCGCGUGUUAGAGGUUCUGAGAGUGAUAAACAGAAGGUGGGAGUUAAGGAUCUGGAUGUGAUGGUGGGUGCAGGAGGGCUGGCUGGAUUAAGGGUUUAUAGGGAGUUGAAGGAAAAUGUAAAGCUUCGAACGAAUAUGGAUAGUAAGAUUCGAAUUUCUGAGGUUAAUCAAUCGGCUGAUGAAGAGAAGAUUGAGGAUAAAUCACUCGAGAUUAACGUUUUGGGAAGCCAUACUGGAGAACGUAUUAAUGAAGCAUUAAGAAGCGAUGAAAAUGGUAAGAGUUCAAUUGUUUCCGAGAAAGCACAAAGGGUUUCUGUAGUUAAUGAAGAACAUAAAGAAAAACCUUGUAUUGUUCUUGAGUCCAGUGGCGCAGAUCGUCCAAGGGUUAACUCUAUUUUGGAGUCCACGCAGAAAUCUGGGCAGAAGGAUUUGGAGAUUAUCAAAGAGAGUGGACAAACUGGAGGAGAGGGGACGUCAAGUUGUGCGGGUAACAAGUAUACAAGCAAGCUCCAUGAAAAACUUGCUUUUUUGGAGGGUAAGGUAAAGAGGAUUGCAUCGGAUAUUAAGAAAACAAAGGAAAUGUUGGAUUUGAAUAAUACUUCUUCAUCCAAGCUGAUACUUUCAGAUAUUCAGGAGAAAAUUUCUGGGAUUGAGAAAGCGAUUGGACAUGGUACAGUAAGUUCUGGUGUUAAAGUGGGAUUGACGAGUACAAAUGAGAGGGAUAUGAAAAUGGUUACGAAGGAUGAGACCAAUGAAGCAGAUAUUAACACAUCGGUUAAAGGUUUAAACACCAAGGAAUUAGAGGAGCGACUAUUUCCUCAUCAUAAAUUGCUCAGGAAUCGGAUGUCAUUGAAAUUGACAUCAGAUAGCUCUCAGAGUAAUGAAAUUCAUGCAAGUGGACCUAGUCAUGCAGUCAAGGUUGAAGAUAUGCCAAUUGAUGAGAACCCAAUUGCUCUGGAGUUUUUGGCUUCCCUGAAUAAGGAGCAAGCAAAAGUCACAAUGAGGAGUGAACAAGUAGGUUUGGAGUUUUGUGAAGUCCAAGAAAUGGAUGAAAAUACUUCUGCAGGAUUGCAAGAAUCAUCAACCCAAUUCAAGGGUAAGCAAGAGGCCGAGGUCAUUCUCACAAGCGAUGAGAUUCUAGAUGAUUUUGAUGAUCAAGAGAAUAAACAAGGAGGCCUGAUUGGCGAGGAGACUGAUGAUGCUGGCAUCUACCAGAUGAAUGAAAUAGGCAUUAAAACCUCAACAGGUGGAUGGUUUGUGUCGGAGGGAGAGGCUGUUCUUCUUGCUCACAAUGAUGGUUCAUGCUCAUUUUACGAUAUUACUAAUACAGAGGAGAAAUCUGUAUACAAGCCCCCAGCAGGAAUCUCACCCAAUAUCUGGAGAGACUGCUGGAUAAUACGUGCCCCCGGAGCAGAUGGUUGCUCCGGAAGAUAUGUGGUGGCAGCGUCAGCUGGGAAUACAAUGGAUGCAGGUUUUUGCUCUUGGGAUUUUUUCAGCAAGAACGUACGAGCUUUCCAGAUUGAGGGGGCAAUGACCUCUUCAAGGACGGCACUGGCUCCCUUACCCCAUAACAUUGUGCAAAAGCGAUAUGCUCCCAGUUAUAUGUUGGUACCAGAAACUGAACAGUGGUGGUAUAAGCCAUGCGGGCCUCUGAUUGUUUCAACUGCUACCUGUCAAAAGACAGUAAAAGUUUUUGAUGUCCGCGACAGUGACGAAAUUAUGAACUGGGAAGUGCAGAAGCCUGUGGCAGCAAUGGAUUAUUCUAGUCCUUUGCAGUGGAGAAACAGAGGAAAAGUAGUCGUAGCAGAGACAGAAGCAAUAUCUCUCUGGGAUGUUGCUUCUACAAGUGCUCAGGCAUUGCUUUCUGUUCAUUCUCCUGGGCGCAAAAUUUCUGCUCUUCACGUGAACAACACGGAUGCUGAAUUAGGGGGAGGAGUUCGACAAAGAAUAAGUUCAGCAGAAGCGGAAGGAAACGAUGGUGUAUUCUGCACAACAGAUUCUGUAAAUAUUCUGGAUUUCCGCAGCCCAUCAGGAAUAGGCCUUAAGUUGCCAAAAGCUAGUCUAGGUGCGCAAUCAGUUUUCACUCGUGGAGAUUCUGUGUAUGUUGGUUGCUCCAGUGCCAGGUCAGGAGGGAAGAAGCCUGCGGCUUCUUCAGUGGUACAUCAAUUCUCUAUUAGAAAACAAGGGCUCUUCUGCACUUUUGCAUUGCCAGAAAGCAACGCACACGUUCAUCAUACAGCAGUAACUCAAGUUUGGGGGAAUUCAAAUCUUGUCAUGGCUGUCUGUGGAUUGGGGCUGUUUGUAUUUGAUGCCUUGAAUGAUGAAGGUUCUCAAUCUUCCUCUGUUGAUACUGAAGGCUCCCAAGUGUUCAAGGAAAUUGUUGGUCCAGACGAUUUGUAUUCACCUUCUUUCGAUUAUUCGUCAUCUCGAGCACUUCUCAUAUCAAGGGAUCGCCCCGCAUCAUGGAAACAAUUGUCAUAGGUACAUUAUUUUAAACUGCUGGCCAAAUGCUGUUUGGCUUGAUAUGGUCUUGAAAAGCUGCGUAAGAUGUUUGUGUCUCAUCUUUAGUAUUCUAUGUAAUGGUAGAGCAAUAGUUCUAUUUAUGGUCAAUGAGAUUAUGUUUGCACAUUUGCCUAUUGGUUUUCUUUCAUACAUAAAAGAGAUGAAGUUUCCAUGGCUUUUUUUCUAGCAAAAAAAACUUAAGCUGUCUGUGACAAAGUAGACAGUACUCCUUGUAAGUAGAACAAUUUUCCAGUGUCAAUUGUCAAUUUGAU